AACACUUAAGUGUUAAAUUUCAGACGCGGAAUUGCGCACUUAAAGAUGCAGAUAGAAGCACAGAAUCAGUUGAAAUAAAUUAGAGGCCAAGUGAGUGUUAUGCUAAGACUGGAAUAUGCUGCUAUAUAUAUUUUUUUACCUAUUCAUAGCCCAAACAGAAGGGCGAAAACUUCCAAACGACGAUAAGUUUCCUAGUCCUCGUAUUGUAAUCCUGGGAGCCACUGGUGUGGGAAAAUCAUCCCUUGCAAAUGUGCUAAGAGGUCGACACAAGAACUUCGAUGGAGAAGGAUUCAAGUCUGGAUGUUUUAAAGUUCAAUCCCACCUGGACCCGGUAACUAAAGAAACCUGCCCUGAUCGUGGAUACUGGUUAGGCAAUAGUUCAUUACCAGAGUUUACUAUCAUCGAUACUCCAGGGUUUGGUGAUGAUUUGGUGAAGGAGGAGAAGACAAUAGAAAACCUGGUUUCUGUUCUCAAGAACGAUAUUAAAUAUGUUCAUCUUUUCGUCAUCGCAUUCAAGCAAACAGACAAUAGGAUGACCCACGCGCUGCGGAGUAUGCUCUCGUUAUUUGAGAAAAUGUUCGGCAACCAUUUCUGGAAGAACGCAGUACUAGAGGCUACCCACUGGAACUAUGCUGAAAACUCGAUUCGACUCAGAGAAUCCGCUCAUCCUAAAAUAACUGAGGAUUUCUGGACCAACGAGUUCAAUAGAGUGUUGAAGAACAAUUUUGAAGUUGAGACCAGUAUACCGAGUGUGUUUAUAGAUACGUUCUACGAUCCUGAUAACCCGGAGGAGGUGAGAAAUCUAAGAAGGUAUUUCUGA